UGUGUAACAGUGAGUAGUAAUCACAAAUCAAAAGCCUCUAUAAAACAGAGACUAACACCAAACCGAGAAACAAACUUCGAUCCGUUAAAAAAAAAAAAACCAUGACAGACGAUUCAGCAUCACCGUCAAUAGACGGCAACACCGUCGUCGCAAAGUCCCUAUCCCACCUCGGCGUCACACACAUGUUCGGCGUCGUCGGAAUCCCCGUAACAUCCCUCGCCACGCGAGCCAUGUCCCUCGGCAUCCGCUUCAUCGCCUUCCACAACGAGCAAUCCGCCGGAUACGCCGCCUCCGCCUACGGAUACCUCACCGGGAAGCCCGGCAUCCUCCUCACCGUCUCUGGCCCCGGCUGCGUCCACGGCCUCGCCGGUCUCUCCAACGCCUGGGCCAACACGUGGCCGAUGGUGAUGAUCUCCGGCUCGUGCGAUCAGAAGGACGCCGGACGCGGGGAUUUCCAGGAGUUGGAUCAGAUCGAGGCGGUGAAGGCCUUCUCGAAGCUGUCGGAGAAGGCGAAGGACGUUCGCGAGAUCCCUGAUUGCGUUUCUAGGGUUUUGGAUCGGGCGGGUUCGGGUCGACCCGGUGGGUGUUAUUUGGAUCUUCCUUCUGAUGUGUUGCGUCAGAGGAUUGGAGAGUCCGAGGCUGAUGAGAUUGUGGCGAGAGUGGGAAAGUUAAAUGAGCACGUGACCGAGGCACGUGCUUCUGAGAUUGAAUCAGCGGUUAGGAUUCUUAGGAAAGCAGAGAGGCCGUUGAUUGUGUUCGGUAAAGGAGCUGCGUAUUCAAGAGCAGAGGAUGAGAUUAAGAAGCUUGUUGAAUUGACCGGAAUACCCUUCCUCCCUACUCCGAUGGGUAAAGGUUUGUUGCCUGAUACACACGAGCUUUCGGCUACUGCGGCGAGGUCGUUAGCUAUUGGGAAAUGCGACGUCGCUUUGGUGAUUGGAGCUAGGCUUAACUGGCUUCUCCAUUUUGGAGAAGCUCCGAAAUGGUCUAAAGAUGUGAGCUUUAUACUCGUUGAUGUCUCCGAGGAGGAGAUUGCGCUGAGGAAGCCUCACUUGGGUAUCGUAGGAGAUGCGAAGAGAGUUGUUGGGUUGUUGAACAGAGAGAUAAAGGACGAUCCUUUUUGUCUUGGGAAGGGGAAUCCAUGGGUGGAGGCGAUUUCUAAGAAGGCGAAAGAGAACGGUGAGAAGAUGGAGUUGCAGCUUGUGAAAGAUGUGGUUCCUUUUAACUUCUUGACUCCUAUGAGGAUCAUUAGGGAUGCGAUUCUGGCGGUGGAAGGACCGAGUCCUGUUGUGGUGUCGGAAGGAGCUAAUACGAUGGAUGUUGGGAGAUCGGUUUUGGUUCAGAAAGAGCCGAGGACGAGGCUUGAUGCAGGGACUUGGGGGACGAUGGGUGUUGGUUUGGGUUAUUGUAUUGCUGCUGCUGUUGCUUGUCCUGAUCGGCUUGUUGUUGCUGUUGAAGGUGACUCUGGUUUUGGAUUCAGCGCCAUGGAAGUUGAGACAUUGGUUCGGUACGAUCUUUCUGUGGUGGUUAUAGUCUUCAACAACGGUGGUGUCUAUGGUGGUGACAGGAGGAGUCCUGAAGAGAUCUCUGGUCCUUAUAAAGAAGAUCCAGCACCAACGUCUUUUGUCCCAAAUGCAGGCUAUCACAAGCUUAUUGAAGCUUUUGGAGGCAAAGGGUAUAUUGUGGAGACACCGGAUGAGCUUAAAUCGGCUCUCUCUGAGUCGUUUGCUGCAAGAAAACCGGCGGUGGUUAAUGUUAUUAUCGAUCCUUUUGCUGGUGCUGAGAGUGGGAGGUUGCAGCAUAAGAACUAGAAGCUUGUGGGGUGUGUAAAAUGUUUGUAUUUGCUAGAACAAAAACGAUAAGGGUUUUCGUUUUAUACUAUUACCAAAAUUGAAUAAAAAUACGUUUCCUGUUCUUUUUUUAUUUUAUCUUAUUUUUAUUUUUUGAAUAAUCAUGUUCUGACUAUUGGUCGAAAUAUGCUUCGGUCACCGGAAAAUCUAGAUUUUAAAUUUUACCCCCAGUGACCAGCAGGAUUCGAACCCGG